AUGCACCAUCUUCUUCCAAGCCGACAUGCGGGGGGCCGUAAACUCACAUCGACGGAGCAUGCUAUGCACCUUCUACUCCAACGGAUACAUCAAGCGUGGUCUGAGGGUAAGGUGGCCACUCUGCCGCUACUCGACGUAUCCGGGGCAUACGACAACGUUUCGCCCGAACGGCUCCUAUAUAACCUUCGAAAACGCGGGAUUGAUCGGAGGAUCAUAGCCUGGAUUGCGUCCUUCCUCGGCGACCGUACUACGACUCUUAAGCUGCUGGAAUUCACGACCCCGUCGACGCCGAUCCAGACUGGCAUCCCCCAAGGAUCGCCGGAUACGGAGGCGGUCGGGUACAUUGACGACGUAUCUACGCUAGUAGUAGGGCCGACGGCACAACGGAACUGCAAGACCUUGAAAAGGAUUCACCGGAAAGCCAAACAAUGGGCAGUUAAACACGGUUCCCAAUUUGCGCCGGCAAAAUACGAGCUGAGCCCCCUCGAUCGUUUCUCGAGCACUUUAGAGAGUAAACACGGCUUGCGGCUUGAACGGCUGGAGAAACGUAUACCGCACGUAGUGCUACCCUGGUGGAUCCUACUAUCCGUCCGUAUCAACGAAUCUGCGGAGGAAGCAGUCAAGGAGCACGACGCCACGGCACUAGGAAUAUUACGCAUCUACACUGACGGAAGUAGCAUCAACGGCUAUGUCGGAGCGGUUGCGGUGAUACCUACACCGACUAACGGAAUCUAUGCGAAGCGGACUUAG